AGGGUUGUUGGGUUGUUUGCAUACUAACCAAGCUUUGAUUUCAUAAUUAAAAAAAAAAAAAAAGUCUUUGAUUUCCCAGUUUCCCCUGCAAAUUGCAAGUGGAGAAAUCCAGCAAUAAAAUGAAAUUAAUAACUGUAGUUUAAAAAAAUCAAAAUUUAUUUUUCGUCUCAUGCUACUUUAAGUCUCUACUAUCCAGUAUAUAGGCGUUCAAAGAUACGCUCCAAGCGUAGCUGGCCAUGGCUCUUCCUCUUGGGAAGUUAACUAUUCUCGUCGGUGCAGGUAUUGUUGGCUCGAUUCUUGUGAAAGAAGGGCGCAUGUCAGGUGUUUCUGAUUUUGUCUCUGGUGCUUUCAAGUUUGCUUUUCGGCAACUUAAACAUGAUGAUUCUACUCCAUCAGUAAACAAGCCACGUAAUGACUAUUUGAUGGCUCAGGUUAACAGCCUAAGGCAGGAACUGCAAAUCUUGGCAUCAAACAGACCAAUUACAAUUGUAACUGGACGUGGAACAGGUACUAGUAAAUACGGCAUAAUCAUUGUUGUUGUAGUAGUUGGAUAUGGCUAUGUUUGGUGGAAGGGUUGGAGACUUCCUGAUAUGAUGUUUGCAACGAGGCGUAGUUUAUCCGAUGCACGUGAUGCCAUAGCCAAGCAGCUUGAGAGUGUUUACUCAUCAAUCUCGGCUACCAAACGACAUCUAUCCUCAAGAAUUGAGGGUGUGGAUAAUCAUCUGGAUGAAAUUGCGGAUAUGACUGCUACUACACAAGAUGAGGUUUCUCUGCUACAAGAUAAAUCAAAGAUGCUCAACAACAAUGUUCAAUCUGUUCGUUAUGUAGUUCAAACUCUGGAAAGUAAGAUUAACAGAAUAGAAGGGAAGCAGGAUAUUACAAACGAAGGAGUAAACUGGUUGUGUGAUUACACCCAGACCAUUGAACAGAAUAGAUCCACCAAUCGUAUUCAGGCUUCACAAGCUAGUUCCUCCACGCCAGCUCUUGAAGCACCAACGAAAACACCAUCAAGGAGUGGGUCUUUGCCUCCCAUUUUAUCAGUUGAAUCACCGUCUCCUUCCAAUGGAACUUAUAAGGUUAAGAGAUCUCCAAGAAAUGCUGUCUCUGCCACAGGCCUUAAGGAAGUAGGUGAAUCAAGUAACCAUGAUGUUGCCAAUGGGAAUGGCACUUCAGGAGACAAAACUAAUGGGUCUUCAAGCUCUGGUUUCUUUGGGAUGAUGUUUUCAGGUGGGAAUGGUUCUUUUCUCACGAGAACACGAAGUGCAACAAAUGCCGUGCCACAACAGAUACGAUCAAGUAGACAACAAUCGUGAAGAUCUUAUGUUGAAAAGUAGUAUUUAAAUUUCUGCUUGAUUACGACUUUCUCAGGUUUUAUGGGUGUCUUAGGCUCCUUAUUCCCUCCAGUAGUGCCUAAGCCAAAAGUUAAGUUGGAGUGGGUGCUGAAUUUUGUAGAGAAGAUGUUUGUAUAAUUAAUGGGGUGAUAUACUAAUAUCAUUCUUGUUAGGUGGUGAAUGCUGGCUGUUAGAAGUUCUUUUUUUUUCUUUUUGUUUAUCUUAUUGAUAAGUAUGAAUAGUAGGUUCCGGAAGGGGAGCAAGUGGGAAAGAGAUCAUUGAGCGAGUCUAUUAGAUUAUCCCAUAAUCUGGUCUUUUCUUCACCAACAAUAAAAGCAAAUUCUCUGUCAUUAAACCUUAAGUUUUGCCCUCUAUGAUACAGGCUCUUUGAGAUAAAUUGGUCAAUUUCAGUGGAGCAUUAGUUCACGUUUA